AUGUCAGAUAGUGUCGUGCCAGCGGCGGCCAGCGAUCGGAGUCGCGACGACAUCAAGCCCAACCUCAAAGACGACGAUCGAAUUCCAAUAAACCACACAGCAGCGGUUGGCCGCUGCUACAGCGGCAUGCAAGCGCGUGUUAACGACAUUCUUUUUAUUGAAGAUGUGGGAAGAGACCCUAAUGGCAUUGAUUGUAUUGAAGAAUCAGGGAGAUAUAUAUUAUGGAAUCCAGCUACUGGGAAAUUCCAAAUCACUCCUAUUAGUCCUUUUGCAUAUGAAUCUCCUUGUUUAGAGCUCCUAAUUGUAUUUCAUGGAUUUGGUUAUGACCAAAUUAGAGAUGACUAUAAGGUUAUCCGACUUGUAAUGUUUUUUUUUUUUGAAAUUGAAAAAGAUGCGAAAGAUCCAUUAUGGGAAAUAUAUUGGAUAAAAAGAAACUCAUGA